UGUCCAUGAUACACAUAGGCAACAAGAUUUCAAACUUCAUUUAACUAACAGAGUCGAGCUCCAUCAGGUGUCAGACUCACCAUGGAGAGGUGGUUGCAUUGCACACGCCCCGGAUGCUGACAUACUAUCGAUUGGCCGUAGUUUACAAAUUGCCGAUUGGCCAUCCACUAUUUCAAAGAGAGGCUCCCAUCUUGACGAAGGGUUGGAGUCUAUUUCAAGCACACCUUGCUAUGCAAGGCCCAAUCUAGCUCAAGCCGACUAUGCCAGUUCAGAAGAGGAUGACAUGGGGCAUGUUAUAGGUGACAGAAGUCGCCUGGAGAGACAGCUGUUUUACGGCGACACAGAAACGGCAAACCAUUUAUUUCAGUCCCCUUCCCCGUUUGAUGAAGACCGGGGUCAAUUCGAAGGCCAAGGUCAAUAUGAGGGCCAAGGUCAAUAUGAAGGCUACAUUGAGUUGUAUCAUUCUGAACUGGGGCAAGAUUUGCUCCGCCACCAAACUCCUCAUGACGCCUGCAGUCUUGACGUCACGUCGGUAUCCAGGCUGAACGACCACUCGUCACAGAUGUCAGGUCAGUCAGAGCGCAGCCAUGACCACGCUGAUCAGAAUGUCGCAGACUGCUCACUGGACAGCAGCGAGCUGAGUCUUCCCAGCAGUAUUUCCAGGUAA